AUGACGGCACAGAGGGUGAUGGCUAUUAGAAUUAUCCGGGGAUAUCGGACCAUAUCCUUUGGAGGAAGCAUGUGCUCUAGCUGGUUGUCCCCCGUGGGAUUUGGAGGCAAAGGCAAAGGCCCAGUCAGCGUUGUAUCAGUGGCGUGCGAGCUUUAUAGACGUGGCGAGGAUUUCGAGGUGAGGGAUGCCGUCCUACAAAGGUCUAAUCUUCAGCAAUCCCUGAUGCAGGAGUGGAAAAUGAGGCUGCCUGAACCGACAGCAGGACGUGAUACGAUUGAGGCUAUCCGCUCAGUGUUCAAGCAGUGGACAAAUAAACGGCGGUAA